AUGGUGGUUACCAGUUCUAAUCCCCACAACAAGGAGAUUGUUGUCAGGAAGAGGAUUGCGAGCAUAUUCAAUAAACGGGAAGAGGAUUUUCCGUCCUUGAAAGAAUACAAUGAUUACUUGGAGGAAGUGGAGGACAUGACAUUUAACUUGAUCGAUGGAAUAGAUGUCCCUGCUAUUGAAGCAAAAAUUGCAAAGUAUCAGGAAGAAAAUGCUGAACAAAUAAUGAUUAAUAGAGCCCGUAAGGCUGAAGAGCUUGCUGCAGCUCUAGCAGCAAGCAAGGGACAUCCUGCACAGAAUGAUACUGAUGCGGCUCUGAGCCAAGGCUCUCAAGCAGGAUUUGGUACUGGUACACAGGGGCAGUAUGCCCCUACAGUUGCAGGACAACCACGACCAACUGGCAUGGGUCCACAACCACUACCACUUGGAGGGGGGCAUGAUAUGCAUGGAUAUGCUGUUGACGAUGAAGAAAUGAUAAAGCUCCGAGCAGAGAGAGGUGGUAGAGCAGGAGGGUGGAGUGUAGAGAUAAGCAGGAAGAGGGCACUCGAAGAAGCCUUCAGUAGCAUUUGGGUUUCGUAG